AUGUCCGAAGAACACGACGACCCCAACCCCAUCGACCUCCUCUCCCGCAUAGCAACUCUCCUCGCACGAGUCGCCAGCAACCUCCGCCACAACCAUCUCGACCGAACCACCAUUCAGACCCUCCUCCUCCACUACUCCGCCCGCGCCGAAUCCGACGGCCGCCUCAUCAACGCCGCAAGACAGGACUCCGAGUGCGUCGAACACGGCGUCUUCCUCUCUUACGUGCACGUCGAGCUACUCUCCUGGCUAACCAAACACAACUACACCAUCCCUUCGUCCUCAGUGAAAUGGUACAGCUGGCGCAAGCUGAUUGCGCGAAAGUACCAUCUCCCAUCAAUCUUUUCUAUUCGUGCGCACACGGCGCAAUUGGACGAUCUGUUCCGGAAUGUGGUGGAUAAGGGGGAACUGCUGCAUUCGGCUCUACGAGCUCGUGGGAUUGAAGUUCCGGAUGUCGCGAUUGAUUACAGACAGGUAACCCCUCAGGCGGCGCGAGGAGCACCGCCAGAAGCUCUGCAUAAACUGCUGCAUCGCGCGAUGCUGGCUGAGGUGCUGCUUCGGGAGGGAAAGGUAUCAUGCUGA